GAAGUACGUAUUGUGAAGAAUCAUUCUGCUGAAAAUAAAAGAAAGGAAAAACAGAGGAGAGUGAAUUUGUCUUCCUUCAAUUUGCAAUAUCUCAUCUCGAUCACAACUUGCAUUCAAUUCGUAAGCACCUUUAGAACAAUGCCAUUCGAAUGCCCAUUAAGCUAGCAAACCCAUCUUCUUCCUCACAACACCCAAAAAAGAUAUUUUGGCUUAACCACUCACAACUUGCCCUGCCCAUCAGAUGGUUUAUAUAAUGACAUACACAAACAGAAGAAAACCAAUUCCAAUCAAAUUCUUGGUUUACAGUUUUUCUCAAUCUUUGGAAAACCUCUCUUGACAAUUCCUCAUUUGCACACACACAAAAAAGACUGACCCUUUUGGCCCAGCCAUGAGCUGCUGUGACUGUGCCUCCAAACACUGCAAUGCAGAGGCCCCAAAACCCAAGAUCUUGGCUGUCAUUUUUGAUUUGGAUGGGACCCUUAUAGACACAGAGCGGGCUACAAGGGGGGUUUUCCAGGAAUUCUUGGCCAGGUAUGGGAAAGUUUUGGAUAAGGAAAGGGAAGAGAAGAAGAGUUUGGGGAUGACAUUGAAAGACUCGGCAACUUCUGUUGUUAAGGGCUAUGAUCUCCCAUUGACCCCUGAUCAGUUUAUCCAAGAAAUCAUCCCCAUGUAUCAAGAAAAGUGGUUGUACACGAAAGCUCUUCCUGGUGCUAAUCGCCUUAUCAAACAUUUCCAUGACCGUGGCGUGCCUAUAGCUCUUGCUUCGAACUCCUUACGAGAAUACAUAGAUGCAAAGAUCUCUCACCAUCGAGGUUGGAAAGAAAGGUUUUCAGUGAUUCUUGGCAGUGACCAGGUUAAAGCGGGGAAGCCCUCUCCAGAUUUAUUUGAAGAGGCAGCAAAGCAAAUGGGCGUGGAUGCAGUUCACUGCCUUGUGAUUGAAGACUCAGUGUAAGAUUAGUCACAAACAUAUACAUCUGAUAUGAAAUUUGUUUCAGUCUUAUCAAUAGUCCAUCAGAUUCCACAGUAUGCUAAGUAGAGUUGAUAUUUACAGAUAUACAUUGCUGAUUAAUUUAAGCUGUCUUUUCGUUAAACGUUUCAUUCAAGUGGUGGUUACUGAUGC